AGCGACUCCAGGUCGGCCCGUCCCGAAGGGCGGGAGAGAGGGAAGUGGGCGGGGGCGCGGGCACUGUCGCUGGAGUGGCCGGCGGCCGCGGGGUGCAGGCUUGGUGCGAGCCCCCGCGGGCCGGGCCGGGAUGAGCCAUGGCAUCGGUCAAGGUGGCCGUGAGAGUCCGGCCCAUGAAUCGCAGGGAAAAGGACCUGGAGGCCAAGUUUAUCAUUCAAAUGGAGAAAAGCAAAACGACAAUCACAAACUUAAAGAUACCGGAAGGAGGAACUGGAGACUCAGGCAGAGAACGGACCAAGACCUUCACCUAUGACUUCUCUUUUUAUUCGGCUGACACAAAGAGUCCAGAUUAUGUUUCACAAGAAAUGGUUUUCAGAACUCUGGGCACAGAUGUCGUGAAAUCUGCAUUUGAAGGUUAUAAUGCUUGUGUCUUUGCAUAUGGGCAAACUGGAUCCGGAAAGUCCUACACUAUGAUGGGAAAUUCUGGCGAUUCUGGUUUAAUACCUCGAAUCUGUGAAGCACUCUUCAGUCGGAUAAAUGAAACCACCAGAUGGGAUGAAGCCUCUUUCAGGACAGAAGUCAGCUACUUAGAAAUUUACAACGAACGCGUGAGAGACCUACUUAGGCGGAAGUCAUCUAAAACCUUUAACUUACGAGUCCGUGAGCAUCCCAAAGAAGGACCUUACGUUGAGGAUUUAUCCAAGCAUUUAGUCCAGAACUACAGUGAUGUGGAAGAACUUAUGGACGCAGGGAAUAUCAACCGGACCACUGCAGCCACGGGGAUGAACGAUGUUAGUAGCAGGUCUCAUGCCAUCUUCACCAUCAAGUUCACUCAGGCAAAAUUCGAUGCUGAAAUGCCAUGUGAAACUGUGAGCAAGAUUCACUUGGUUGAUCUUGCUGGUAGUGAGCGUGCGGAUGCCACCGGUGCCACUGGGGUCAGACUCAAGGAAGGGGGCAAUAUAAACAAGUCCCUGGUGACUCUGGGAAAUGUCAUUUCUGCCUUAGCUGAUUUAUCUCAGGAUGCAGCCAACCCUCUUGUGAAGAAGAAGCAAGUUUUUGUGCCUUACAGGGAUUCUGUUUUGACUUGGCUGUUGAAAGACAGCCUUGGAGGAAACUCUAAAACCAUCAUGAUUGCCACCAUUUCACCUGCUGAUGUCAAUUAUGGAGAAACCCUAAGUACCCUUCGCUAUGCAAAUAGAGCCAAAAACAUCAUCAACAAGCCUACCAUUAAUGAGGAUGCCAACGUCAAACUCAUCCGUGAGCUGCGAGCUGAAAUAGCCAGGCUGAAAACCCUGCUUGCUCAAGGGAAUCAGAUUGCCCUCUUGGACUCCCCUACAGCCUUAAGUAUGGAGGAAAAACUACACCAGAAUGAAGCAAGGGUCCAAGAAUUGACCAAGGAAUGGACAAACAAGUGGAAUGAAACCCAAAAUAUUUUGAAAGAACAAACUCUGGCCCUCAGGAAAGAGGGGAUUGGUGUGGUUCUGGACUCUGAGCUGCCUCACUUGAUUGGCAUUGAUGACGACCUUCUGAGUACUGGGAUCAUCUUGUAUCACUUGAAGGAAGGUCAGACUUACGUUGGCAGAGAAGAUGCUUCAACAGAGCAAGAUAUUGUCCUUCAUGGUCUUGACUUGGAGAGUGAGCACUGUGUCUUUGAUAAUGUCGGAGGAACAGUGACUCUGAUACCCCUGAGUGGGUCCCAAUGCUCCGUGAAUGGUGUUCAGAUCGUGGAUGCUACACAGCUAAAUCAAGGUGCUGUGAUACUCUUGGGAAGAACCAACAUGUUCCGCUUUAAUCAUCCAAAGGAAGCUGCCAAGCUCAGGGAGAAGAGAAAGAGUGGCCUUCUGUCCUCCUUCAGCUUGUCUAUGACCGACCUCUCCAAGUCCUGUGAGAACCUGUCUGCAGUCAUGUUGUAUAACCCUGGUCUUUUCCCUAUAAAAGGACCCAUCUGUCUAAGACUUGAAUUUGAGAGACAACAGCGUGAAGAACUUGAAAAACUAGAAAGUAAAAGGAAACUCAUCGAAGAGAUGGAGGAAAAGCAGAGAUCGGACAAGGCAGAGCUAGAGCGAAUGCAGCAGGAGGUGGAGACCAGGCGCAAGGAAACAGAGAUGGUACAGCGGCAGAUCCGCAAACAGGAGGAAAGCCUCAAGCGCCGCAGCUUCCACAUUGAAAACAAGCUCAAGGACCUGCUGGCUGAGAAGGAAAGGUUUGAGGAAGAGAGACUCCGGGAGCAGCAGGGACUGGAGCAGCAGAGGAGGCAGGAGGAAGAGAGCUUCUCUCGCAUCAGAGAGGAGCUUCGCAGGCUCCAAGAACUCAGCAGCCAUGAGCAGGCCGAGAAGGUUCAAAUAUUCCAGGAGCUUGACCAGCUGCACAGAGAACAAGAUGCCCAGUGUGCCAAGCUGCAGCUGGACGAGCAAGAGAAGGAGCAGGUGCUGCUGGUGGCAUACCUGGAGGAGCAGCUGCGGGAGAGGCAGGAGACCAUUCCACUGCUGUGUCCUGGAGAGGCCCAGCGGGCACAGGAGGAAAAGAGGGAACUAGAAGGCAUCCAGGAAGCACUCUUGCAGGCAAAAGAGGCUGGCGCACAAGAGAACCACACCUGUGGGGAGGAACUGGAAAGGGCUCAACUGUGCUUCUUAGAGUUCAAGAGAAGGCAGCUUGUCAAGCUAGCAAACCUAGAGAAAGACCUGGUCCAACAAAAAGACCUCCUAAGCAAAGCAGUCCAAGAAGAGCAAGAAGCCCUGGAGCUUGUAAGAUGUAAAGCCCAUGAGGAACCUAGCUUGUUGGUAACAGGUAACAGUAGCAUCCCCUACCGGUCUGAAGAUCUAGAGAAAAUAAAGACUGCAGAGUCCAGGCUACAGAGCAAAGAGCGCCAACUACAGGACCUUCUGCAAAAUCAUUUGCCAGCUCUGCUGCAAGAAAAGCAGAGAGCUCUUGACAUCCUUGACAGGGGCACCUUGGGCCUAGACAACACUCUCUACCAAGUACAGAAAGAAAUGGAAGAAAAGGAAGACCUGAUCACACAGUACCAGGCUAAUGUUAGCCAGCUGCAGCAGCUCCAGGCCACCUUUGAGUUCACAGCUAAUGUUGCCAGACAGGAGGAGAAGGUGAGCAAAAAGGAGAAGGAGAUUCUGGAGUCCCAGGAGAAGCAGCAGAGAGAAGCCCUGGAGCAGGCUGUGGCCAAGCUAGAGCAGAGGCACUCUGCCCUGCACAGGCGUUCUACCCUGGACUUGGAGACCCAGGAGCAGAGGCCAAAGCUUGGCUCUCUCCACAACAUGGAGCAGUCAGGACUGUGGGCCAGCCUGGAUGUCAAACAAGAGGCCCUUGAGAAAAACCCUGUGAGGUUAGAACAUGAAAUCCACCAGCUGAAACAGAAGAUCUGUGAGGUGGAUGGUGUUCAGAGACCUCAUCCUGGGACCUUAGAGGGGAAGGCUGCUCUUUCCAGCUUGCCGCCCAGGCCUGAAAACUCUCACCUUGCUCCACUGAUGGAUGCCAGGAUCAGUGCUUACAUUGAGGAAGAAGUCCAAAGACGCCUUCAUGAUUUGCACAGAACAGUUAGUGAUUCUGGCCACACACCUGCUGACGUGAUGAAGAGUAACGAGGAACUUCACAAUGGUGUCACUCAACGUAAGCUAAAAUAUGAGAAAAGGCAGCCUUGGUCUGCAUGGUGUGUUGUCCCACUUCUGCCCAAAGAUGACACUGACUCUCCCAGCAUCCUUAAAGAAGAAGGAGGUGAGAUGGAUCCGAGCAGCCACUGGAGCCAUUCAGUGUCAGAGAAUACCUCACUCCCCACAACUUUCUCCAUGAUGAAGAACACUGGUGAUGAACUUUGUUACCUUGGGAGCUCUGACCACCUUGAACCAAAAUGUGUUCAUCUGCCUGAAACCACUUUCCUUAAUGGAAGCAGCACUAGAGAGGCACAGAAAUCUCAGAGUGGGUCAGAAAAUGGCAGUGGGCUGAUGACUCCUGAAGAGAAACAAAGCUGGGGGAUCGAGUCCAGCUGGACAUGGCUGCAACACAUGUCCCAGCAAGCUCCAGUAAACAGAGGAAGCCAGCAAGCGAUGCAAAGCAGGGUGCAGUGUUUUGUUCUCUCUGAAAGCAAUUCUCAAAAGGAGCCUCCCACUGGCAGCUCUCCUCAGACCACAUCAGCUUCCACAUUGUGUUGUGAGCAACAGAAUGAGAAAGAGUUAGAUUCUGAAAACACUCGCUUCCUAUCUCCACUAGUCAGUAUCAGGGCAGAAGCAAAGAAGGGACUGGGAUAUUUUUACCACAAGUUCUCAGACCUGUAUAAAGAUACCGGUGGCCACCUGAUACAGGCUGGGACAAAAGUAAUGAGCCAAGCCAAGCAUGUGGGGAGUAUGUGUGACUCAGGUGGGCUGGCCUCCCAAGUGACAACCUUCUUAAGAGGCCUGCCCUUAUUGGAGCACUUACCUCUACGGCUGCCUGUGAGGUCACUCAUGAUGCCAUUAGUUCCUCCUCUUCCUGAAACUCAGAUUGGUACCCUCAGCAGUGAAAAUGGAGGAAGCCCGAGGUCAGACAAGAGCACAGCACCUUACAUAGACUUGGCCUUCACAUCUGCAGGCUUACCAGAUUCCUGGCCAAAUUCAGUUUUCUGUCUUGAUUAUGAAGAUGCUAGGAAGAUCACUGCAUUUAAGCAGACCCUUAUAUCAUUCCCAGAGCAAAUGCUGAGACUUCAAGAGUACCCUCUCACAGACCUCCUUGAAUACAUGACCUGUUCUUUGUCAGAGCCUUUGGGCUUGGUGAAGGCAGUCAAAGGCAUUUACUGGCUCGCAGUUGCUAACUGCACCCAGCCUGACCCCCAAGCUGCAUGCUUGAUACUGCUGCCUUCCACUCUGUAUGCCCUGGUACUGUUAGAUAAUUGCCCAGACUCCAUGAGCAUCUUUCAUGUCCUCCCUCUCUCUGCAUUGCAGGAGAUUCAGGUGGGCUUUGGUGGGCAGAGCAUUCGAUUUCUGGCCUCCACACAUGACCCCUUGCUUACGGUACUCACUUACAACAAGAGCCUCUCUCAACAGCUCUGCAAGGACCUCCUGGGUGUGCUGAUGACUGAGUCUGAAGCUGCCUCCUACACAAGUCACCCUUUGCUCCAGCAGGAUCUCGUUCAGCUUUCUCUUGACUCGGAAGCAGAAAUCCCUCCUCUAGCUUUGGCAAACGGAGUUCAGUUGACAUCCAAUUUCCAGGCAACCUUGGUAGAUAUGGUUUACUUUCUUCAUGGAAAUAUGGAGACCAGUGUUCCUUCUCUGGCUGAAGUUCGGAUACUGCUCUAUACCACAGUCAGACUGGAGAGUGAAGGCAGUGGUGGCCCCUGCCCAUCAUUCAUUCUUCUGAGCACCCACAUGGCACUCUUGAGGGAGGACCGUGUGUUUUACCCCCACAUUCCCUGUCUAAGCACACUUCCUCCACAUGGGCGAUUUGAUGUGAUCAGUUGUCAAGCUCUGAGUGAAUUCAGGUGUGUCAUUGUUCCAGAGAAGGACAAAGUGUCAACGGUAGAGCUGGUCUUCCUAAGGAAACAUGGGCUUCCCUUGAACACAGGAAGUGGUCUAUCCAAGCAGUGUGAAGUUGCCUCAAACACCCAGAUGCUCACUCCAUUGUGUCUUCAGGAUGGGCAGAAUCAGGAACUUGAUGUUUGGAAACUGACUUUCAAUUCUCAGGAUGAGGCUCUUUGGCUGACCUCAUACUUGAGAAGACUCUAGUGGGCCGGGGCCAUACUUUUAAAGAUACAGGGCAUUUUAUUUUGGACCUUCAAUAAAGUGAACAUUAUGGAAACAGUCAAGGAAAUAUGAAUAUUUCAGUGUACUUAAUCAAAUGGGGAUGAAGCAGGACUCUAAAAUUGGAAGUGCAAAUACAUUGAAUAAAGCAAAAUGAAAAUAGCUUAUAACAGAACUGGAACAAUAUACUUAUUGCCACCUGCUUCAUUGUCUUGAAACUCGGACUGUAAAUUUGGAUCUACUCAAUUAUUGACGAAGUGAUUAAAGCAUUCUGACUGCUUGACUUAGUGCCAGUUCAUGGUAUGAUGGUUUAGAAUCUGGUGGUGCCUGCUGGCAUCUAGUGGACUAAUUUGUGCGGACUGGGAAGGUGCCCAGUCUGGUGGUGACCUUCCUUGGCACUUUCCAUGCUGGCCAUGAGUAGCAUAUCUGUGAGGCAGAGCACAUAACUGCUUUAUCUAACUUCCUCUGUCCAUCCCCCACUCACAACUUUUACCAUAUUCUCCUUCUUUCUGAACUUUCGUGUUUUUAUGCUAGAAGGAUUUUGACUUGUAAUGUGUCAAAUAUCUGGUUGCCUUAGAUGACAUUCAGCACUCUGCUGUGUCUUUCAUUCCUCUUGCCUCUUGACUAGCCAUCACUCAAGUCCUCUAAGACAGAUAUUUUGCUGGACUGAGGUAAACUUGUAACUAUCCACGCAUGCUAUGUUCUUCAUUUACUUCUGUGUGGCAAUCAAAUGAGCAAUCAGAAAACGUGUUUUGAGUUAAUUGAUAUCAUCCAGUUACUUGACCAUUGUUCUUUCUCUUGCUUGCAUGUCCACUAAAUUCGACAGUGUCAGAAGCUGGUGCAUAGGAGGGGCCUCUUUUCUCCAUUUGCUCACCUUCUUCUCUCAACUGGGCCCAGGCUCAGCACUCUGGGCGGUUGAGUGAGUCCCUGACUUUAUUAAACCACUCACUUUAGCUUUGGCCUGGAAGGGCCCUUCUGUUCUGGUUGUAUUUUUGGCUAAUGUAAAAUGUAAAUAUGGGCCCUCCAUUUCUGCUACGAACUGGUAAUAGGGAUGAGUCAAAAGCUAACCUAUACAGAAACCUACCAACUGCUUUUCAUCCUAAUUGCCAACUGAGAGUAAUGGGCUACUCAAGAGUUUAUGCAUUUCCAUCUGUUUUGCUCUGUGCAGAUUCUGGGGAAGUGAACAAGAAAACACAGAACUGGAGAAUGUGUUGUGGCCUAUCAACCUUGUUUUCUAUGGACCAAUGACAGGCAUUUUGUUUUCCAGCCAAGAUUUCUCUUAUUUGGGAGUAGAGUGUGUUUUUGUCACUUCCAAAACACUUGUCCCUGAUAGACACUUACCUUGCCUUACACCCAAAGGCUUUUAACUAUAUAGUGAACACUGUGAAAAUUACUACCAUCUGCCUUGGGGGGGGCAGUGAUGGGACACAAUGGGACUUGAAAUGUACCAUUAUAUCUGUCUCAUAACUCAUCAAUACCGUUUCUCCUAAUUCUUAUUUUUUACCUAAUAUGAUUUGUAUUACUUUUUCUUAAAUAGUCCUAUUCCUCUUUUGACAUAUAUCUUGGAUUGAAAAACAAUCAAAUUUGAAGGUGCCCAUAGAGGAAUGUGAUGGUCAGGAAUAAGCAGCAAUACAAAGGCGAUCAUCAUUUUAACAGAGACUGUCUGCCUCAGAUUUCCAUUUUUCUACCAUGCUACAUAUAGUGGUCUUUAGAGUUGUUUUGCUAUAUGGAACAUAAAAUAAAUGUCAGCAUUAUGUAAAAUCA